CUCUCUCCUCUUCUCUCCUCUCCUCUCCUCCCUUUCUGUGAUCCCGAUCGCUUUUCCCGUCUCUCUCUCUCUCUCUCUCUCUCUCUCUCUCUCUCUCAUAUUCCCCUUUCGAACAACCAUGGCGAGGGGAAGCUCCCAAUCGCAAGCCUCGGCGACGGCGGGGUCGGGGGCGCGGCCGACGAUGGCGGGGCCGCCGGUCGGCGGCGGAGGAGCCGGCGGGGGAAGCAACAUGCUCCGCUUCUACACCGACGACGCCCCGGGGCUCAAGAUGUCGCCCACGGUGGUGCUGGUGAUGAGCCUCUGCUUCAUCGGCUUCGUCACCGCGCUCCACGUCUUCGGCAAGAUCUACCGCUACCGCUCCGCCGCCUCCGGAGGCGGCGCCUCUUAAUCGCCGCCGCCGCCGCUGCACUGUGAGGGAUCUCUUGCUUUGGUUGAACCCUUCCUUUUUUUCUGCUGUUUCUUUUUUAAUCUUUUGUGCUAAAAGUAAGAUCGAUUUGCUUCUGUUUUGCUUCUGAUUAUGUUAGGGUUUGAUCGUUUCCGAGCUGAUAUCAGAUCCUGUGUUCGAGGAUUUGUUUCAAUAUGUAGUGUUUAAUUUGCUUCUGGUAUUAUUUUCUGGUAAUUUUACUAGUUUGCUUAUAGAUUGCUGCGCUAUAAUUUUAGUAAGUUUGAUUGGUUGCAACA